CAGAACUAAUGUGAGAAUGGUUUAAUAAUGCGGAAACCAUUGAUUCGAUGGAUAAAUUUAUUUAAGCUUUGAUAGCUUAUCUUACAGAAAUAUUCGUGUUUAAGCAAAGGAAUCUAUUUUGGAAUACCAUCAAAAUAUGGCCGAGAAAUCAGCGAGUCCAAAGGACCGCAAGCAAUUUGAAAAAGACGUGAAGAACAUGUUUGAUCAAAUGGACAAGAACGGCAACGGGAAGGUCUCUAAAGAGGAGAUGGGCAAGCUGCUGCGAUCUAUGGGCGUCCAGAUGACAGGCGAGGAGCUUGAGGCGGCCAUGAAGAAGAUCGACACAAACAAGGACGGACAGAUCUCGUACAGCGAGUUCAAGACCUUUGUGAUGCGUCAGUUCCAUGAGUCCUCAGGCAGCAAGGAGGACCAGAUCCGGCAAGUGUUCCGGAUGAUCGACCGCGACGACAAUGGCUACAUUCAGAAAGCGGAAAUAAGGCGGGCGGUGAAGGCGCUGGGUGAGACGUUGACAAACGCCGAGUUGGAAGACAUGAUGAGAGAGGCGGACCUGAAUAAUGAUGGCAAGAUCAACUAUGAAGAGUUCGUAAAAAUGUGGACAAAGAAAUUGGAAGCGAGAGCAACAACUUGAAUGAUGUCAAUCGCAUCAUGCGAUUUAAGUUGUUCGAUUUCAAACCGUAUAAUAUGUAUCUUAAAUUUUUAGUCCACAUCGUCCUAUUAGAAGCAUACGAAUAAAUAAGAAUGACU